AUGCCAAACUCCUCAGAGCAAGCUGCAAUUCGACAAGCCUUAGAGCGCGCCCGAAACUGUGAAAAUGGAACAGUGGAUACACAAACCACUAUGGUUCUCGAGGCAGCAAUCACAGAUCUAUGGAGUCGACUUCAAGCCGAACCAGAUACCUACGUGUUAAACCGGGACGAGUUCGCAUUAUUCAAUUAUUUCCUUGAACGCUUCCGGGGUACAACAAUCGCUCAACGAGCCGUGACACGAUUUUGGAACAAUACACACGGAGCAUCAAAUGCUGAAGUGGGGGGCAAGAAAUAA